GAAGCGUUAUUGCCGCCAUUUCACGUGAAAGCAGCGCGGUAGGUACGAUAUCCAGGGCCAAACAAUUUAAAAAAUCAGGUCCAGUUUGAGUUUAGUAAACCGACUGGAUAUUUGUAAACUAUCAGUAACCGUUUUACCUAACGGAAGAGCCUACCGAGGUUCGUCUUAACUGGCCUGUUCGGUUGCUUUGAAGGAGACGAGAAUGAGCUACGGAAGGCCGCCGCCAGACGUCGAGGGGAUGACCUCCCUCAAAGUGGACAACCUGACUUACCGAACUUCCCCGGAGACUCUGCGUCGAGUCUUUGAGAAGUACGGACGUGUUGGGGAUGUCUAUAUCCCCCGCGAUAGGUACACCAAGGAGAGCCGCGGGUUCGCUUUCGUGCGGUUCCUCGACAAGCGCGACGCCGAGGACGCCAUGGACGCUAUGGACGGCGCGCUGCUUGACGGGCGGGAGCUCCGGGUGCAGAUGGCCCGCUACGGACGACCUCCGGACUCGAUGUACAGCCGGAGAGGAGCUCCGCAACGCAGAUAUGGAGGCCGUUCAGCCAGUCCCCGCCGCCGCCGUCGAAGCCGAAGCCGCUCCAGGAGCAGAAGCCGUUCCCGGUCCAGGAGCCGCCACCACUACAGCCGCUCCAGGUCCCGCUCCUACUCCAGAUCCAGGUCAAGGUCCAGGUCCAAGUCGAAGUCCAAAUCCAAGUCCAGAACCCCCAGGCGGAGCAAGUCAAAGUCUCCUUCCAGGUCCAGAUCCCGCUCCAGGUCCAAGUCAAGAAGUCGAACCCCGCCAUCCAACAGGGGGUCCAAGUCCAGGUCCAGGUCCAAAUCCAAGAGUAGGCCUAAAUCUCCAGAGGACAACGGCGCAGAGUGUUAACCCAAACUUGGACACAAUAUGACGCUGCGGAGUCCUGUUUGCAAAGGGAGGAGGAGGAGGAGGAGAUGGGGUUGUGGCAGUGUGAGAGCAGUUAGUGUGUGACCCGCCCAUGUGACCUGCCUGUUGCUGAGAGCGAUGGCAGUUGCUAAAGGAGCAGGUCACCAAGGCAACGGUGGUUGCUAUGGAGCAGGUCGUCAUGGCGGUGGUUCGGGCUGUCAGUUGGUGUAUGAGUUGGUGUGGUGAGGUACGUUCGCGGGGAUCACAGGCAGAUGCACUGAGCACUGUUCCCGCUACCCGUGCCUGUGGUUUCCUCCGCCUCUCACAAAGGGAACGCACCCCGAGGUUUGUUUUUCAAAUAUGCCGGAGUGUACGAGUCUUAAUGGAGCUAGUUUUUAAUGCAGAGGGGGCCAAGAAAGGUGUGUAAACAAAUGUGAAAAGUGCUAUAAAUGUUAGGUAUAAUACACGAAGAUGGAUGCCCCCCGAAGGAAAAGGCAGUUUGAUAAAUGUUCAGUGUCAGGGUAGAUGAUCAGACCAGUAUUACAUUUAAAUUCCAGUCAGGAGUUAAGAUGGCUGCUUUUUGUUUUUGCUCUUGUCAACUCUGUUCUGUCUUUCCUUCCAGAUCUCAGAUGAUUGAGCCUUUGCUGAGGACAUCAGGAAGAGUCUCACAUUGAGCAAGUGGACUCCACUAUUACCACUGAAUGCAGACUGAAAGGUUAUUGGAGCUUGGUCUAAAAAAUGUUUUAAAUGUUUUAUUUGACUUAAUUUGCCUAAACAAAUUCUGUAAUUUUGAUGUAAGCAUUGUUUGUAAAGUUGAGCAUUUUGAAAGGGAUUUGUAAGCUGUUGGGGGUUUUCCUUUUUUCUUUUUCUUUAAAUUGGGUUUUUUUUGGGCAUUUUGGUUACAUUUGUAAUAAAUUCUUUUCUUUCUUUUUUUUAAUUAACGCAGAUUUCUUUAUGAAAUCCCUUGUUAAAUACUCUUUCUGGUUGAUAUCUUUAGGAAGGAGUUUUAUUUGCAGAGUUGAUGUUGGACGUUCAGAGCCUUUACAGCUAUGUUAUACCACUCUUAUUGGGGAAAAUGGCUUACUGUACAGUGACAUAAAAGCAAAACAUUAAAGUAUCGCUGUGCCACUUCAAUUUGUGACUUGCUAAUCCGGCAGCAUUGCAUUUUCCUUUCUGUCAAAUCUCUUUUUUUUUUCUGUCUAGUUAAAAGUUGCUUUCCUAUGACUCUAACCCUCUUUCUUGUGUAUCUUUUGUGCACUAGGCGCAGUUGUGUAGCAGUUGAGUAAUGCUGGUUAGCUGUUAAGAUGCGGUGCAGUGCGGUGGUGACAUGGUGUGGCGUGUUGCGGUGCUGAGUGCCCGGCGCUGUUCCGGGGCUCGACCCUCCGCUGCCGUUUGCCGGUUUGUAAGCUCACAGGUGUGGCAGAUCAACCAUCCUCUCCUGUCUUGUGACCUCUCCUUCCCUCCAUGUGCUGUACAGAUUCUCUCCUCCUUCCUUUUCCUCUUUAUUCUCCAUCCUCUCCUUUACCCCCCUCCCUCCCUCUGUGGUUUAUCCACUGUUUAACUGGUUUUGCUCGCUUUUUUUUUUUUUUUUUUUAAAGAGUCCAGUGUGACUCCUAGUGAAGGGUUUAAAAGGCAGUCCAGGCUGCUUAAUGAAUAAUUUUUGUGUAUUGCAUUCCUCUGUGAAUCUCAACUGUCUUGUAAUUUGCUUCAGGUGAAUGCGAAUAAACAUCUUUGUCGUAA